AUGAGCAAAUAUUUUGAAAAAAAAAGUGAAGAACAAAAAGAAACAAUAAAUUCAACGGAAAAUGAUAUUAAUAAUAUUAAUGAAGCAACAAAUAUUGUUAAAAAACGACGAAAAGUAGUUAAUGAUGAUGGAAAUGAUCGAAAAUGGGAACCACCUCAUUGGAGGGAACAUUGGGCUAAUAUUUUAGCAAUGCGAAUAACAAAUAAACAUUUAGAACCUCGUGGUUGUGAUACUAUUGGUGACACAAUUGCUGAUGAAAAAAUUCGUCGUUUACACGUUCUUGUUAGUUUAAUGUUAUCUAGUCAAACAAAAGAUACAAUGACAAUUGCAGCUAUGGAUCGUUUACUUGAACGUGGAUUUACUGUUCAAUAUGCACUUGAUAUUGAUGUUGAUGAAUUAGCGAAAAUUAUUUAUCCAGUUGGUUUUUGGCGACGUAAAGCUCAAUAUAUCAAAGAUACAUGUCAGAUAUUACGUGACAAAUAUAAUGAUGAUAUUCCAAAUACAAUCGAAACUUUGUGUGCACUACCUGGUGUUGGUCCAAAAAUGGCUUAUUUAGCUAUGGAUUUUGCUUGGAAAUCUAAUCAAGGCAUUGGGGUUGAUGUACAUGUACAUCGUAUUUCACAUCGUCUUGAUUGGUUACCAUAUGAUACAAAAACACCCGAACAAACACGUUUAGCACUCGAAUCUUGGAUACCAAGAGAUUUAUGGAAUCAAAUCAAUCAUAAUUUGGUUCGUUUUGGUCAAACACAAUGUCUUCCAGUUCGUCCACGAUGUUCAACUUGUUUAAAUAGAAAUAUAUGUCCAGCGAGUACUAGUAAAGAUACAACAAAACAUUUAAAACAAAAAUAA